AACRUGACCCUUCUACCAGUGUUAGAAGUUGCCUGUCCACUUCCACAGUUGGACAUUUUAAAUAUUUAAAGGUGAGAUUGUAACCAAUAGGUAUAGAUUCGACAUUUACAAGAACAUGUCUGACUUUAAAAGCGAACGCUGGGCUUUAGUCGCCAUCCAGCAUCGGACUYAUCCAUCUURGCUGUUGCAUGGAGGGCUAAACCGAUAAAAUCUAGUGUGACAGUUUGAAUGACCUGCGGUGGAAACUCUUGAGCCCUGCAAUGGACCACAUCCAGGCACACAGCAUAGUUCUGUUACAGGGAGGAGAUUGUCAUUAAGACUUUGCCCAUUGUUUGCACUGAUUAACAAGGGCYGACRAUUUUAGAUUAAUUAACAAAAUAGGAAAAAAAUUGGGUCACUUGACACGGUGUCAAAGGGAUGGUGGCRCCAUAAUUAAUGGUCAUUCUAGCCUCAGCUUUGAGUUACACUGGAGCCUACUUGUCUAACUGAUAACCCUUUUAGACGAAUGUCACCUACCUGAGUCGCAGACAUGCUUGCGGAUUCAUUAACACCCCACUAAAGGACUCCGUUUUUCCCUAAAGAUAUGCAGUAAGAAUUUUUCCUCCGUUGUUGAUUUGGAAACCUCUCCGCAGGAUGGCUUCUGCAAGUGGUAGAGCUGAAAAAGCMUCAAAAUUUGAGAUGCUGAAACUUUUGGAGAACUGCCGAAAGGAAAGAGAUGAUGCUUUACAACGGGAAAGUGCUCUCAGGGAAAAACUCAGGCAGAAUGAGACGAGGUUGCGUUCAACAGAGGGCCUGAAACAAAAACUAAAGAUCUUGACUGUGGACAACAAAGAGCUUAGAAAGCAAGUGAAGGCUCUUCGGACUGAUAUCGGACUGGAGAGAAGCCCCAACUUUGUGGGGAAGACCACCAAAGACAUUGUCAAUGAUCUUGAAGAAAAGGAGCGCGAGUGCAAAUCCUUAAUAGACAAGACCGGGAAACUUAGAGUGACCAUUGAUGACCUGACGGCAGAGCUGUCCAAUGUGACCACGUCCAAGAUGCUCUUAGAGGACCAAGUACAGUCAUUACAGCAAAAUCUCAAGGACAUGACAAAUAAUCAGCGGCGUCUGCUGAAGCUGUGGGACGACAAGAAGACCCAGAGGGAGCAGCUCGCUCUUCCUGCAAUUGUUCAGAAACCCUUCACCCACAAAGACGUUCAAACUGACAUGUCCAUAAGCUCAUACCAGAAGCUCCCACCUAAUGCUUUUGAGACCAAGCAGAUUAAACAGGAUGGAGACAAGGACAAUUCAUCUUCCUUUGGUAAUGGCUUUCAUUAUAGCAGAAAGAGUUCUGUUCACAAUGAAACCUAAUGACUUCAGUUCUGGCAGUUCAUUCAAGGAUGGUAACAGUGACACUAAAGUGAAUGAUUCAAAGAAUUUCUGAAUUACUAUGCUUGAUUCAUAUCUGGAACCAAGAGGCAAAUCCUAUAAACUCAGAUAUGACAUGUCAGUUGAAACCGAGCUGGCUYAAAGAGCAAAUUUGUUUUGUGAACAAUGAUUUAGGCUUUUUUAUAUAAGUUGUUGCUGUGCUGUUUUUUCUUUCUUUUUAUAAAAGAAAUAUAUUGACUUUUUGUGUAAAUAAUAGAAUAUUUUUAGUACACCGUACAAUGAAAUUCCAUAAUAGUAGAUAUGAUAAUACCUGUCGAGAAGCCAGUGGACACAUUGGGAUUGUUUGUAGACAGAGACCAUCUGAGAUAUAUAUAUAUAUAUACACAUAUAAAAUAUGAAGCCAAUUUGUUAGGCUGCAAAAUAAGCUUUAAAUUGAUUAAUUUAGAAUAUUGAUGGCAUUAAAAACAUUUAUGAUGAACAUAUUCUAAUUUAAUACAUGCACAUUUCAUUGACAUAGAAAAGCAUCUAAAAGUGUAUUUAUUUCAGUUAACAUGAAAGUAACAUGUUAUUCGGACCUUUAGCUACAGACUGAUAUUUUUCAAGCGUUUAUUUUUGCUAACUGGGCUUGCAGCUAUUGAAAUGUGAGAUGUGAUAACCGGAGCAGCUGAGCAACAGUUCAACCUUUUUUCUCAUUAGUCCAGGUAAGGUGAUUCUGACAAUGUCUCUGUUUCACUAGCAGCUUAACACAAGGAAUUGCAUAGUUGUAUCCCAUUUGGAUGCCUUUGGAAGCAAUGACUCAAGCUGCACCACACAUUAUGAAUUUUCACAAAUGGUCUUUAAACCAAUGUGUGCUAUCCCUGUUGCUUGCACACCUUUCUCUACCACAUUUUUUUCUUCCACUUAACUACUAACAUACUCUGUGAAGAACCAACGUCUUUAUUAAUGGUUUUCUGUGGCCUUCCCUUCUUGUAGAGUGUGUUAUUUUUUACCAUGAUUGUGCAGGUAAUUACAUGACAGUAAAAAGCAUUUCUGUAUUAAAAUAUUUUAUUGGUCUUAUUUGUUAUCCUAAUUUUCCAGGAUAUUUUUAUGAGCUGUAAACCAUGAUCAUAAAAAUUACCAUAAAUAAACCGUGUAUUGAAUCUAUAUUAAAAAUCAAUUUUAACUUUUUGAAAAUAAUUACUGAAAUAAAUGACAAUUUCAAUUACAUGUUAUAUGCUGGUCUUGAAGUUGCACCGGGGACGUUUAGAGAAUUUUUUUGCGGAGCUGUCCAGACGAUUCUGAUCCCAGAAAGUUGUAGGAAUUCCCAUUGAGCCAUUAUUUUCGUGUUGAUUUGUCUUGAUGCCUUGAGUUGAGUUUUAUUAGUGUUAUUUUACUGUUUUCUGUGGACUAAAACUAA